AUGGCAGAGCCACCGGUGGAGCUUGUCGGCGUUCUUAUGCAGCUCCAAGACCAGGAGGAAGAUAUGGAGGCUGUAAAUAACUUGGUGGCGGACCAAACGCCCAUCAACGUUCAGAUGGUCUUCCAUGUUGUUACAAAAACCAAAGGCGGCCAGAACCGCAUUACGGACAAUGUCCUACUACAACAGCUUGACGCACUGAACCGGGCCUAUGCACCUGCCCUGAUCUCCUUCACUCUUAUAAACAUAGUUCGGGCCGUCAAUGCUGAAUGGGGUGCCAGCAGAGAUACAGACACUAUGCAGCGAACCCUUCAUCAGGGAGAUCGGAAGACGCUCAAUCUUUUUUUUCUCGAAGAGCUGAAGGAAAAGGAUGGGAAACCGUUUCUCGGCGUGGCUCGUCUGCCUACCGGUCUACUGGCUGAAAACGGGCUGGAACAAGACGGCUGUCUCGUCCACGCCGACACCCUUCCCGGCGGCGGCUUCCAGAAUAAGAACUCAGGCAAGACUGCCAUCCACGAAGCCGGACAUUGGUUUGGCCUCUUGCACCCGUUUGACAACGGCUGCAGCGGCGUUGGCGACGGCGUGGCCGAUACGCCGGCCGAGAGGCAGCCCUCUUUCGAUUGUAGGCCCCGACACUCUUGUCCUGACCAGCCGGGCCAAGAUGCCGUUGACAACUUCAUGGACUAUGGCCUAGACCAAUGCCGCUCGGUAUUCACCUCGGGCCAAAUCGACCGCGCCCGUCAGCUGUGGAAGAUGUUUCACUUGCAAGGCAAGCGCAUUCCCGAGCUCAAGGCCAAGCCUACGCCUGCAAACUCGCUAAAUCAGCCGAAGUUCCUGGGGCCUAGCAGCCGACGCAACGUACGGCGGCCUAUAGUUCUCAGAGAUAUCCCUUGGCAAGAGGGGCUCUAG